GGUUGGUGUUUCAACUUGAAACUUCAAAGUCCACCACUUUCCUAUUCCAAGUCUUUGUUUUCCAUAAUUUCCAUCGUCACUCAGCUCAGAUGAGCUUUCCUUCGGCUACCAAUUAGCAAAAUCCAGCAACUCCAUUAAUUCUCAUGGAAAGCCUUCAUAACCAUAAAAUCCAUAUCCCUCUAUUUUCUCUGUUUUUCUUGCUCCUCCACUUCUCAUCCCUUCACUUUCUUUCUUUAGCCUAUGCGCAACCUGAUAAGUAUUUCGUCAAUUGUGGGUCUAAAGCUGAUGUAAACCUCAAUGACCGGGUGUUCACUGCAGACUCGAGUUCUGGUUUUUUGUGCUCAGACUCGGAGAAAAGCAGGGCCAUUGAAAGCACCAACCAGGCGCGAAAUCUGUACCAAACAGCAAGAAUUUUCUGCAACCAAUCCCACUAUGAGUUCACGAUCGCUGAAAACGGUACUUAUAUUGUCCGUCUGCAUUUCUUGGCUUUCUCCUCCUUCUCAGUUAAUCUCUCAUCAGCUCUUUUUGAUGUUUCGGCUUUUCAUACUGUUUCAAAUUUUGAGUUCAAACUGUUGAACAAUUUCACCGCCAAGAACAGUAGCAACUCUGCUUUGAUAGAGGAGUUCUUUCUUGCCAUUGGUCCUGGCUCAUUGAAAUUAUAUUUUACACCUCAAGGAUCAUCUUUUGCAUUUGUAAAUGCCAUUGAAGUCUUCCUUGCACCUUUGGAAUUCAGCCCUCAGAAUUACAGCAGUAGUUUCCCUUUAGUUCUACGUAAAACUUACAGGGUGAAUGUUGGAGACCAGGAAAUCACACCAGAUGAUGACAAAAUAUGGAGAAAGUGGGAACAAGAUGAUAGUUACCUGUCUGAUCUAAACCCUGCCAAGGAAUUCCGCUCCUCGAAGGAGCCUGAUUAUGAGGGGGGAGAGCAUAAUAACCUAGCCACUUAUGGAUUCGUUGGUGCUGAUAAUGAUUCUAUUGCUCCAGAUUUAGUUUACCAGACUGCCACAUUGAUGACCGAUAUUCCUAAGGGGCUAUCCAGUCCCUUCAACAUAACCUGGUCUUUUAGUGUGAGGGCGGAUGCUAGACACCUCGUCCGGGUUCAUUUCUGUUUCAUUUUCGGUUCGCCUGGUAGUAUAGUAUUUAACUUGUAUUCAAAUGGAAACUUCAUUAAGAAGGUUGGUGGACCCGCUUUCGGCCUGUACUGGCCUUUCUACCAUGAUUUUGUAUUGAGUUCUAAUAGAUCUGAAUUCAUUAACAUCAGCAUAGGCCCUAGCAAAGACACAACAUAUAACAAUUCCUUUCUAAAUGGACUGGAAAUGUUGGAGAUAAUAGAGGGACAAGCUUUAAGUAACCCUCCAGCUUCAGUUUGUAAUAUGAAAGGGCGCAAGAAGAUAAAGGUGGGUCUUGUGGUUGGUUCAGUUAUUGGAGGCCUGUCACUUAUCUGCAUUCUGAUUGUCGGAAUCUUGUUCGGUUUGAAAUACAGAAAGGCAAAGCAUGUUGAAACUUCGGAAUGGUCACCAAUGCUUGCAGUUGGAGGAGGGAGUACCCACAGCAGGUUGACUGAUGGAACUAUUACUGGUUCCCCUAUGAAUUAUCUAAAUCUUGGGUUGAAGAUAUCUUUUGCUGAACUUCAGCAAGCAACAAACAACUUUGACACAAAAUUGUUGAUAGGUGAGGGUGGCUUUGGGAAUGUCUACAGAGGAACUCUGUUGAAUGGCAGAAAUGUAGCUGUUAAGCGAGGUAAACGAGAUGAGAAAGGGUCAGGCCAAGGCUUUCCAGAAUUUCAAACAGAGAUCAUGGUUUUGUCCAAGAUUCGCCACCGCCAUCUUGUUUCCUUAAUUGGGUACUGUGAUGAAAGGUCUGAGAUGAUACUGGUCUACGAGUUCAUGGAAAAAGGGAGCUUGAGAGAUCGUGCAGCUGGGGGAAUCAUUCACCGUGAUGUUAAGUCCACCAACAUCUUGUUGGAUGAAAACCAUGUUGCCAAAGUUGCUGACUUUGGCCUUUCAAGAUCUGGUCCUCUUGAUGAAACACAUGUCAGCACAAAUGUUAAAGGCACUUUUGGUUACCUUGAUCCUGAAUACAUAAUGUCCCAACAGUUGACAGAAAAAUCCGAUGUUUACUCAUUCGGUGUGGUUCUCCUUGAGGUGUUAUGUGCAAGACCUGCUAUUGAUACAAUGCUCCCAAGAGACCAAAUGAAUUUAGCUGAAUGGGGAAUGCUUUGCAAGAAGAAAGGGUUGCUUGAACAGAUUGUUGACUCUUCAAUCAAGAAUCAGAUUGAUCCUAGCUCAUUAAGAAAAUUUAGUGAGACAGCAGAGAAAUGCUUGCAAGAAGAUGCUAAUGAUAGGCCUACAAUGGGUGAUGUGCUGUGGGACUUGGAGUAUGCAUUCCAGCUCCAGCAAACAGCAAAGCAUAGAGAACCUCAUGAAGACAGCACAGCCAAUGCUUCAUCAGCAUUUGUUUUGCCAAAUAUUCAGCGUUUUCCUUCAGUUAGCUCCACGAUUAACAUAGAUGAUCUGGCUCUUCCGGGAGACGAUGAAUUAGAUACAACAGAAGUUGAAGUUUUCUCCCAAUUGAGAGUUGGUGAUGCCAGAUAAAUUUGUUCAGUUUGUAAGGUAUAGUAGUUAACCUUGUUUAAGUUUCUUUAGGCUGUAAAAGCUAAGUUAGGUAUGUCUUGUUAAUUUUAGUCCUAUCGGUGAUUAUUGUACUACAACUGCUUUCCCAUAUUUAAGAUGUGAUAAUAGUAUUAACUGUUCAUAAACAGAAGCAGCUAACAAAUUCUAUGACGGUUAAACUGCUGUUGAUUGGGAGUCUCACCUUGUUACCCCAGAGGAGUGUCUUACUUAGGUUCAUACACUCCCUGCUAAAUUCUAUGCUUUUCCCUGAGACUAUCUGAUGUAGAACAGAUGGCAGAUUUUAUCACGGUUGAGCAAGAAAAGGGACGUGGUGGGAAUUUGCAGAAUUGU